GUUCUAGGGGGCCCACCGAGAGCUCGAUGGAGAGCAGAACGAGGAGAGGGAGAUACGACUGGUUUCAAAAAUCGGCUUUCGUCCCGCUCGCGCUCGCAGCAAUGUGUUGUCUCUUCAGUAGCUUUCAUACGCGACCGUGACACGGAACGAUUCGGUCGUUGUCUUCUCGUUCUUCUCGGUCGUGUCGUAUCCCAUUUGAUUCGAAUUCUCCUAUCGCACGCGUUCAGUGACACAGCGAAAGAAGUUCCUCCUCCGAAGGUGAAGAAGUGACAGUGGAAACAACUGACCGCGUGAUUUUAUCGAGUUAACAUGAGCCAAGGGUGGCUACAGGGUCUAAAUGGACGAUUAGCAUUUGCUAUCGCAGCUGCUGCACUCGGAUCAUCGUUUCAACAUGGGUACAACACCGGUGUUGUUAACGCACCUCAGCAGCUUAUCGAAGACUGGAUCAGUAACCUGAAGAUGAAUCGUACUGGUGAACCAACGAAGCAGUCUGAAGUAACGAUGAUAUGGUCGAUAGCGGUGUCGAUAUUCUGCGUGGGCGGGAUGAUCGGUGGUUCUCUAGUGGGCUCGGUGGCCGAUCGUUUCGGCAGGAAGGGCGGUUUGUUGCUGAACAACAUUCUGGUCCUCAUCACGGUAAUCUUCGAGGGCUGUGCUAAAACGGCGAAGAGCUACGAGAUGAUAAUCAUCGGCAGAUUCAUAAUCGGCAUCAAUGCAGGAUUAAACGCCGGCCUGGCGCCCAUGUAUUUAUCCGAAAUAUCACCUAUUCAUCUGCGAGGAGCUGUUGGCACCGUUUAUCAACUGGUUAUUACCAUGUCUAUUCUGGUAUCGCAGAUUCUUGGAUUAGAACAAAUCUUGGGCACCGAGGAUCAAUGGCCGCUUCUUUUGUGCCUGACGAUUGUUCCCGCGAUCUUCCAAGUGGUCACGCUUCCACUGUGCCCGGAAAGUCCGAAAUAUUUGUUGCUUAGUAAGGGGAAGGACAUGGAAGCUCAGAGAGCUUUGGCCUGGUUGCGUGGCACGAUCGAAGUUCACGAUGAGAUGGAAGAAAUGAGAACAGAAUACGAAUCAGUGAAACUUGUACCAAAGGUUACGCUGAAGGAAUUAUUUGUAAACCCGACUCUCAGAAUUCCAUUAAUAAUUGCGCUUAUGGUUAUGUUCGCUCAACAAUUGUCUGGGAUAAAUGCCGUCAUGUUCUUCUCCACCAAGAUAUUCACGAUGGCGCAGUUGGACAAAACCGCAGCCCAGAAUGCGACGAUGGCUGUCGGAGCGAUGAACGUCGUUAUGACUUUUGUUUCGUUGAUACUCGUCGAGAAAGCUGGAAGGAAAACGUUGCUAUUGGCUGGAUUCUCUGGAAUGUUUGUCGAUACCGCGUUGCUCGCGAUUUGCCUUGCUUUUGCAGAUACAUCUCGUGCAGCAGCUUAUUCCUCCAUUGUAUUAGUAAUGACAUUCGUGAUCUUAUUUGCAACUGGACCGGGUAGUAUCCCUUGGUUCCUGGUGUCCGAGUUGUUUAAUCAGUCUGCGAGACCUGCGGCGACGUCCGUUGCUAUUGCGGUCAAUUGGACGGCGAAUUUUAUCGUCAGUAUCGGAUUUCUACCGCUACAGGAGUCACUGGGUGCCUACGUAUUCAUCAUUUUCGCCGCGCUACAAGCAUUCUUCGUUUUCUUCAUUUACAAGAAAGUACCCGAGACAAAGAAUAAAACGAUGGAGGAGAUUAGUAGCAUGUUCCGACAGAUAUCGUACCAGUAAGAACCUCCCAUCUUGCCAUUGCGCUUAAGGAAUUAAUUACAAAAUUUUGUCAAGAAUUAUAUCUACAGAGAAAAACGAAUCAAACGUAGAUGCGAAUUUCUUCAAAGAAUCCGUGACUUGGAUUUUUAACGUGCACACCUGCUACUGCGUAUUUUUAUAUCGCGCGCAUUGAAAUUGAAGGCACAAGAUCUUUUAUUCGUUAUUAUGAAGAUGAAACUGUAUUUUUAUUUUAUGAUCGUUUAAAGUCUCAACAUUGAGAAGCUAUAUCGAUAGUGUUCUCUUCUUACCUUUGAAUUAUUUUUAAGUUUAUUUCUAAACGCUGUCAAGUCGCGCAUAUUUUUUUUAGAAGUUUGACUUUGAAUUAAACUUAUAAACUUAGUUCCUAUUAUCACUGAUACGAUAAGCGUGUGGUGUCAGAAAAACAGUAUCAAGUUAUGCAUAAUGAAACACAAAUAAUUGUUUAUUUCAAUGGAAUUUUAUUAUUGGGUCUUUUUAAAUCUUUCGCGUUUCUUUUUUUAUGGCCAGACUGUAAAUUAACAAUAUAACAAUGUAGUCAAGAUAUAAUACAUAGAAUUGAACGAGACUCAACUUCAAAGAGACAAAUAUUUUGUUCGUAAAAUAUAUUUUCAUAUCGAAAAUCAAAAAGAAGAGAAACAUAAGGAGAAAUUUAACGAUUUUAAAGAAAUGCAUGAACGAAAAAUAUAUAAUAACUCGCAGUUCCUUAAGAAUAACUAAGAAAAUUAGACGUCAGUUUUCGCAUUUGUAAUCACUAUUCGUACUAGAUAUUAUUUUACCUUCAAAAAGAGUGAAGAAACAAUAUUAUUUAAUUACAUUGAUAUUAAAUAUUAUUACUCUAGUCAUAAAAAUACGAUGUUUCUGCAUUGAAGUAACAUUUGGAAAAUCCUGCUAAAAAAUAGUACAAUAUAUUUUGCAUUAUUGCAAAAUAUAUAUACAUAUAUAUAUAUAUAUAU